AUUCCCUCCCCCAAAAAUUCCCCCCUCCAAACCCUCGAAUCCGACGAGCCUCCGCGGACCUAGCCCCGCCGACGUCGCGCCCUGCCUGCUCUGCGCCACCGCGCGCGCAACAAAUCACCCGCAGCGGGCGCGCGUGCGUGCGUGAACUCCGCCGCGCCACCGAGGGCAGAGCCAAAGCCUUCUCCGUCGACUCAGGCGCGGCCAGAGCCUCCAAGCCCCCUCCCCCGACGUCCGCCCGGAGCCUCUCCGCCGACUUCCUGCACGGACCUCACCCGCCGAGGCGCGCCAGGAUUCUACCUGCUGCAAGACCCCCGCCGCCCCCGCCGCACACCAAACCACGCCGGCCGCCACCGUGCGACGGACUGCUCCAACCACAAAGAUCGCAGUACCACGCCAUGGACAUGAAGGUUUGCAAGAGGAGAAAGACGACCAAGCUGCCUCCUCCGGCCGAGCUGCUGGACGAGCUUGUCACUGAGAUCCUCCUCCGGCUGCCUGUCAAGUCCCUCCUGCGGUUCAAGUCUGUGAGCAAGGCGUUGCGCGCAAUCAUCUCCGACCCCUUCUUCAUCCGCUCGCAUCUCCAGCAAUCUGCCUCCAGAUGGAGGCAGAACCCGUCGCUGCUCGUCACUCCGCACACGCUGUUUCACGUCAUCGAGGGCGAGCCUUGGCCUUCCACCUUCUCCACUGAUAUCAGCUUCUACCAGUGGCAGCAGCCCUCCUCCGAAGAGGAGGAAUCUGAGGCGAGGUUCGUCAUGCACACCGACGACUUCCUCGAGGAGUUCAACUCGGUGUGCUACUUUGCGCACUGCGACGGCUUGGUGGUGGCCCCUACCAACACCAACGUCUACCUCUUCAACCCGGCCACCAGGGACGCCAUGCGGCUGCCUAUCAACAACCGCAACAAGAUGUACCAGUACGUGGCCUGCCUCCCAGUAGGGCUUGGCCGGGACCCUCGCACCGGCAGGCACAAGGUGGUCCGGGCCUUCUACCGCUCCAGGGACCCUCUCACGGGCGUCCACGACAUGGGGAUGGAGGUGUUCACUGUUGGCGUUGAUUCAGAUUCAUGGAGGGAAAUCACGCCCAAUCCACUGUACCCUGUCACCGUGUGGAUCACCCCUGUGUUCGCCAAGGGGGCACUGUUCUGGAUCAUUGACAAGCCCGGUCUCGAUCCGAGCCCACGCGGCAUCCUCCGCCUCAGCCUGGACGAUGAGAGCUUCAGCGUCACACACCUGCCCGACUCGCUGGACCCUGCCCUGGACGAGUAUUUCAUCCUGGACGAGGUGCACGGCGAGCUGUUCCUCACCGCCUUCAGCAGCAGCAAGCCCCUCAACAUCUGGACGCUGGUGGAACAAGACACGCGAUGGGAGCACCGCUACACCCUCGACAUCUCCGGGAUGGCGCACCCGGUGGCUCUCCUCCCUGGUGGCGGCACGGUGAUCCUAAGGGCGUCACACUACAUCAGUCGUUACGAUCUGCAGACGCAUCAGAUCGACACCAUAUGCGAGCUGGAUCGCCUGAGGUACCAGCACGAUGGCACGACCGAUGAGGAUGCUGGGUCUGGGCAGGAAAUCUUUUACUUCAAUGUAAUACCUUACACCGAGAGCCUGGUCCGAAUUUGAAUAACUGUUGCUGCUUAGCAGAGUUCAUUUGUUGCUCUUGCUCUUGCCAUAUUUUUAAUUAGUAUGUGUUUUGACUCUCUCAAAGGAAGCAAAAAAAGAGCUUCUUGGAACAUGUUUAUCUGAGGUUGUCUUUCCCGCUUAUUGGAAUAUUUGUAAGCAAAUGAACAGGUUUUAUAUUUGAAGGGAUUCGACCCAGAUUCUCUGCUA